CGGAAUACCGGUUCGAUUACCGAUACAUGCUCUGAAUUCUUUUUUCCUUUCUCUUUUCAAAGACGUUAUCAGUAUUCGUUGUGCGACCAGCUGUUUACAUAUAAACUUCCAAAUUUAUUUCGGGAAAAAAAGAAGAGGGACAUUAAUAUGGAUUCAUAUAAAAAUGCCAAGAAUGUUCGACAAGCAUAUAUUGAUUUUUUUAAAAGCAAAGGUCACGAGUAUGUUCACUCUAGUUCUACAAUACCUCACGAUGACCCAACAUUGCUUUUUACAAAUGCUGGAAUGAACCAGUUCAAACCAAUAUUUCUGGGCACAGUAGAUCCUAACAGUGAUAUGGCAAAGUAUGUAAGAGUUGUUAACAGUCAGAAAUGCAUCAGAGCUGGAGGGAAGCACAAUGAUUUGGAUGAUGUUGGCAAAGAUGUUUAUCACCAUACAUUUUUUGAAAUGAUGGGCAAUUGGUCUUUUGGCGAUUAUUUCAAAAAAGAAAUCUGCACAUGGGCCUGGGAAUUUUUAACGGUCAAAUUAAAACUACCAUCUGACCGAUUAUAUGUAACUUAUUUUGGUGGAGAUGAGAAGAAUAAUUUGAAACCAGAUGAAGAGUGCAAAGAAAUCUGGCUAUCUUUAGGAGUACCUCCUACGCAUGUGUUGCCAGGAAGUAUGAAAGAUAAUUUUUGGGAAAUGGGAGAAACAGGGCCUUGUGGGCCGUGCAGUGAAUUACACUAUGAUCGUAUUGGCAAUAGAGAGGUAGCUCAUUUAGUCAAUCAGGAUGAUCCAGAUGUUCUAGAAAUUUGGAAUCUUGUGUUUAUACAAUUUAAUAGGCAAUCUGAUGGAAGUUUGAAAUCAUUACCAAAGAAACACAUUGAUUGUGGCUUAGGCUUGGAAAGAUUAGUGUCAGUUAUUCAGAAUAAACGUGCUAAUUACGAUACAGAUUUGUUCAUGCCACUUUUUGAAGCUAUUCAGAAGGGCACAGGAGCACCACCUUAUCAAGGCAAAGUUGGCACAGAUGAUAAAGAUGGCAUAGAUAUGGCAUACAGAGUUUUGGCUGAUCAUGCUAGAACUCUUACAAUUUCUCUUGCUGAUGGAGGUGUACCUGAUAACACUGGUAGAGGGUAUGUACUGAGACGAAUUUUGAGACGCGCCGUGCGUUAUGCAACGGAAAAAUUGAAUGCAAAGCCUGGUUUCUUUGGAACAUUGGUGAACGUCGUUGUACAGAUACUUGGUGACAUUUUCCCAGAAGUAACUAAAGAUCCACAAUAUAUAAUCGAUAUUAUUAAUGAAGAAGAAGCUCAGUUUCUUAAAACUUUGUCACGUGGUCGAAAUUUAUUAAAUCGUACUGUAGCGAAAUUGGAAUCGUCUACUAUUGUCCCUGGAGAUGUUGCUUGGCGUUUGUAUGAUACAUACGGAUUUCCUGUUGAUUUAACGCAGCUCAUGACAGAAGAAAAGGGUUUAAAAGUGGACAUGAUAGGCUAUGAAGAAGCGAAAAAGCAAGCUCAGCUUAUUUCUCAAAGCAAAAGUGGCGGUGUGGAUGAUCAAAUUAACUUGGAUGUUCAUGCAAUUACUGAAUUACAAAAUAAAGGAGUCAAGCCCACUAUAGACUUGCCGAAGUACAAUUACACGGUUACCGGUGAUAAAAUGUGUGAAGAAUAUGAAUUUGCUCCUUGUAUUGGCACUGUAAUUGCCCUUAGGCAUGCCAAAACUUUUGUCGACGAAGUAUUAUCAGGAGAAGAAGUCGGAAUUUUAUUAGAUCAAACUAACUUUUAUGCUGAGCAAGGUGGACAAAUAUACGAUGAAGGAUUCUUAGUGAAAACUGACGAUGAAGAGACAGAAGUUCGGAUAAAAAAUGUUCAAGUCAGAGGCGGCUACGUUUUGCACAUUGGUACUGUAGGUCAGGGAAUUCUGAAGAAGGACGAUAAAGUUUACUUGAAUAUAGACACUACACGUAGGAGGCUUGUAAUGAGCAAUCAUACCGCAACGCAUGCUCUUAAUUACGCGCUUCGAAAAGUAUUGGGCACGGAAGUGGAUCAGAAAGGUUCUCUGGUAGCACCGGACCGCCUUCGUUUCGAUUUUACGAAUAAAGGAGCUAUGACUUCAGAACAAGUGAAACAAGUGGAAGAAAUUACAAAUACUAUAGUAAAAGAGAAGAAAAAAGUUUUUGCCAAGGAAAGUAGUUUAGCAUUAGCUAAAACUAUUCAAGGUUUACGGGCUAUGUUUGAGGAAACAUAUCCGGAUCCUGUAAGAGUAGUUAGCAUAGGUGUCCCAGUUGAAGAUUUAGAAAAUGAUCCUUUGGGUCCUUAUGCGGUGCAAACCAGUGUAGAAUUUUGUGGGGGAACGCAUUUGCAUUGCACAGAUCACAUUGGAGACUUUGUUAUAGCCAGCGAAGAAGCAAUUGCUAAAGGUAUUAGGCGUAUUGUAGCUCUCACUGGUCCUGAAGCAACAAAAGCUCUGAAAAAAGCAAAAGUGCUACAGACUCAAUUGGAUCAGCUUCAAAUGACUGUAGCAAUCGACAAGAACUGCGUUAAUUCAAAAGAGCACGUAAAAAGAAUAGUCGAAUUAACGGACGACAUCUCACGUGUUACAAUUCCAAGCUGGAGAAAAGACAAGAUGCGUAAGAUGUUGAAAGAUCUGAAAAAGACACUCGACGACAAAGAACGCGUAGCAAAAGCGGCGAUCGCUAAUACGGUGGUAGAAACUAUUCAACAAAUAAUUCAACAAAACAUUGGAUGCCCAGUAUUGGUAGAGGUUUGUCAAGCAUACAGUAAUACGAAAGCUUUGGAUUCUGCUCUUAAAAAGAUAAAAGCUGUGUCGCCAGAAACAAGUGCAUUACUUGUCAGCGUGGAUCCUGACGCUAAGAAAAUAUUUGCACUUAGUGCAACGUCUAAGUCCGGCGUAAACAAAGGAUUAAAAGCGAAUGAAUGGAUCCAAGAAAUUGCUCCUCUUAUGGGAGGAAAAGGGGGUGGAAAACCCGAGUCCGCUCAAGCUUCGGGUACCAAUGUUUCCUGUUUAAAUAAGUUAAUACAUACAGCUAAAAACUUUGCUAAUUUAAAGCUUGGAAUUACAGAUUCUGUCAGAAAUGAUAUUUUAAAUAAUCAACCGGAAGUUGUUGAGCAUUUGGUAUGCUCUAAAAUUUCCGAAAACAAAUUAACACUUUUUGGUAAUGUUGGAAGUGUCAAAUGUUACCGCGCUCAAAUAGCAGCAAAGUAUAGUGGUAGGGAAAUAAUUUUAGUGCAGUACAAGACUAAUGGUGGAAUUUCCAGAGACAUAAGACUUGAAGGAAAUGGUUUUGAAUUAUUUGAUAGCAGUGCCAUUACUUUCUAUUUAGCAAAUGAUCAGCUGAGAUGUUCGAGCGAUUCUUAUGCAUUUAGUCAAGUUUUACAAUGGAUAAGUUAUACUGACAAUCAUAUUCUGCCAGCAAUGGCUGGAUGGGUUUUUCCUUGUAUUUCAGAGAAUGUAUCCAGUAAUAUGAAAACGAUUAUAAAAACGUCGAAAGAAGAUGUUCUUUCUUCUUUGAAAAAAUUAAACAACAUACUGCUUGCAAAAACUUAUUUAGUCGGUGAAAGAAUUAGUCUUGCAGACAUUGCUGUGUUCACUACCUUAAUACCUUUAUAUCAGUAUGUUUUUGAUCCAGAGUGUAGGAAACAGUAUACAAACUUGAACAGAUGGUUCCAUACCAUAUUAAAUCAACAAGAAAUUACUUGUGUAUUAAAGAACUUUAAGUUAUGCGAGAGAGCUGUAAAAUGCUAAGAGAUGAUAAUCUCAAAACAAUGAUUUUUAUAACCGUUUUUAUUAAGAAA